CCACCCGUCUGCUCUUGAGGCUUUUGAUGACUUCCUUUAACUUUAGUCGAUCUGGAAAAGGGAGGUCCGGCUGAAUGUUGACAUUACUACCCUUGAGUUUGAAUGCAAAGCGUAGUGAUGCCUUGCGUUCCUCCUGGGUUGAGAGGACUACAAGAAGUAGUCAGGGUCGCGGAUGUGACGUAUCGACAGGGACAUUCCCCAGUCUGGUUAACUUCCUGAUAGUGAGACCGGGAAAACCAGGUGGAAGCAUCUUGUUGACGCAGAGCUUGAACCACUGGUCAUCCAGCAUACGUUCCUUGGGAAGAGCUGCCGCGGAUUCAGCAACGUUACGGAAGACAACGCUGUAACGCUGUAAAAGAAGCACCUCGACGAGGCGUAUUCACUCCAUGAGUCUAUGACAUAACCA